AUGCGUGCGCCUUCUCUCAGAGCAGUCCUUUCCCUCGUGGUCCUCGCGGCUCCGGCCGCAGCUCAGUUUGCGGCUGCGACGACGACCGGAGCUCUUGGGCCAUCACCCACCGAGUCGGCUGGGUGUUACACGCAUUCUGGGACUUGGGCCUGCGCCGCCUCGCGUACCGCUGUAGCCGCACCGGCUGCCACGUCGGAGGGAUGUGUGUGGCACGAGACGCACUGGGAUUGCGAGGACGAGCAUGACCACGAGGACGAUGAAAGCGGGGAAUGUAUUAUCCACGUGGGCCACACACAUGGCGACUGCUCGGCGGAACAACUCGCAUGUGGCGCAAUCUUGCUCGAGGAGUACAACCUCCCACUGCACGUGGCCUCAAUCUUCAUUAUCCUCGUCACAUCUGCACUGGGAGUCAUGAUUCCGCUCGUAGCUGGCUGGAAGACGAAUAAGGGCCGCAGCGUCACUCUGGACGCGGCGAGCUUUGGACGCGGUGUCGGCUUCUGGGGCAGUGUGUUCUUCCUUGCUAGGCAUUUCGGAACAGGCAUCAUUCUCGCCACAGCAUUUGUCCAUCUCCUGUACCACGGUUUCGUCAUGUUCGCCAACGACUGUGUCGGCCACCUCGUGUACGAGGCGACGGCCCCCGCCCUGGCGCUGGCGGCAGCCUUGCUCACCUUCCUGCUCGACUUUGUCGGCUCGCGCGUGGCACACGCCAAGCUGGACCGUAACGGUGCACACCGCCCGCACUCCCCCGCGAGCCCCGAGACGCCGCCAUCAGAUGACGACCAGUCCCGCGACAAGGACCAGGUGGCGGCCGAGCCCGUCAUUGGGACAGAGGUGUGCGCGCAUGCCGAAGCUGUCUUCCGUUCCGAGCAAGGAUGGCAGGUCGUCCUCCUCGAGGCGGGUAUCAUCUUCCAUUCGAUCAUGAUUGGCGUCACCCUCGGUGCCGGCUCGGGAGCGGGCUGGACCACACUCCUCAUCGUCCUCAUCUUCCACCAGUUCUUCGAAGGCGCGGCGCUCGGCGCACGUAUCGCCCUCUUGGCGUGGAUCUCGCGCAUGCGCGCGUUUGUGAUGGGAGCAGCGUUCAUGCUGGUCACUCCCAUCGGCGUCGCGAUCGGUAUCGGGGUGCGCAAGUCGUUUUCGCAAAACGGCAAGGCCGCGCUGCUGAGCGUCGGCGUCCUCAACUCCAUCUCGGCCGGUAUCCUCCUGUACACGGCGUUCAAGCUCCUCGCGGCGGACUUUGUCGACGGGCCCCUGCGGACCGCGCCGACCGGCCGAGUCGUCCUCGCCAUGGCGAGCAUGUUGACGGGCCUGGUGGCCAUGAGUGUGCUUGGCAAAUGGGCCUAG